CAACGGUGACGUUUUCUUUGACCCGCCAAAGAAGAAGAAGAAAAAAAAGAAGUCUUGAGGAAAUCUGACGAAGAAGAAAACAUCUCUGAGACCGACGAAACGAAAGUAUCCAUUUUUAUUUGUCUGCAGUAGUAAAUCAAUCGCAUCGGAAAAAGGAAACCUUCUUUAGCUUCUUCCGUAGCUGACGUCUCUCUCUAUCUGUCUCUUAGGUGCCUCUUUCUUUUCUUCAACGAUUUCUCUCCCCCUCUUGCUUUAGCUGAUCGAUUUCGAAAAAUUGAGCUUGCCAAGUCAAGCAACCAGAUUUUGUUGGUAAUUAUCUCAACUUUUUGUUUGCUCAACUUUAGGAUUUUGAAUCUCAGAGAAUUACGUUUCCAGUAGUGGGUAACGUUUCAAGAAUUUGAGAUUGUUUUGGGUUUCUUUUGAAUUUGGGUUUAUUCAGUGUGAUCUUUGAUCUGGGUUUCUGUAGUUUUGUGUGAUUGAAUCGAAAGUUGUCUUCUUUUGUUACAGAUUACAACAUUUUAGGUUGAUAUACCUUUUGGAUUUGGUUGCUUAAUGGUAUUGGAUUGAUACUAGUUUCUCAAGAUUAUGGUUUUCGUUUUAAACUGAUCAGAGGUAGUCUCUGUCUUGCUUCCUAGGUUGUAUUUAGUAUAGGAUCCAAAUACAAUGGAUGAAAACCAUAGGAAUCCAUUUGCAAAUGCAAGUACAAGUGCUAGAGCAAGCGGCAGUACAAGUGCGAGCUCAAACUCGAGUUUUAGUAGCAGUGUGGCGGAUACAGAUGAUGAUCAGACCAUUGCACGUAUAUUAGCUGAAGAUGAGAGCUUGAGAAGAGAAGGCAAGCUUGGGAAGAGAUUAUCUCAUUUGGAUUCUAUCCCACACACUCCUCGGGUUAACAGGGAGAUACCUGAUAUAAAUGAUGCAACAUUAGACCAUGAGCUGCUCUCUGGGAGGUUGGCCACAUAUGGUUUAGCGGAAUUGCAAAUGGAGGGAGAUGGAAAUUGCCAGUUUCGAGCUUUAGCAGACCAGCUUUUCCGCAAUGCAGAUUACCAUAAACAUGUAAGGAAGCAUGUUGUAAAGCAGUUAAAACAACAACGGAAGUUAUACGAAGAAUAUGUGCCAAUGAAAUACAGACACUACACCAGGAAGAUGAAAAAACAUGGUGAAUGGGGAGAUCAUGUUACUCUUCAAGCUGCAGCGGAUAGAUUCGAAGCCAAGAUCUGCUUAGUCACAUCCUUUCGGGAUCAAUCCUACAUCGAGAUUCUUCCUCAUAACAAGAACCCUCUUAGAGAGGCUUGGCUCAGCUUCUGGAGCGAAGUGCAUUACAAUUCUUUAUACGCUAAUGGAGUUCUUGCUCUUCCAGAUGUUCCAACAAGAAAACCGAGAAGGAAGCAUUGGCUCUUCUAGUAUUGGAUUUAAAGUUCAUCUCCAUUUGUAUAAUGUAUACCACUUUCCUCAGAUUUAUUUGUGCAACUUUGAGAUAACCUUACUUUGUUGUAUGCUUUAUCAUUGUAAAAGAAAAGAGUAAACAUAGAUAUAUUAUUUUAAAUACAUUUAUAAUCAUGUAUAUUGACUUUUUAUCCCUAAGUUUUUA